AGGGUGGUUACAGAGCUGUCAUUUUCGAUCGUAUUCAAGGUGUUAAAUCUGUUUCUGUUGGUGAAGGUACUCACUUUUUGGUUCCUUGGCUUCAACGUGCUGUCUUGUUUGAUGUUCGUACCAAGCCUCGUAAUAUUUCCACUACCACAGGUUCCAAGGAUAUGCAAAUGGUUUCCUUGACUCUUCGUGUCCUCCACCGUCCCGAAAUCAAGAAUUUGCCUUCCAUCUAUCAAAAUUUGGGUCUUGAUUACGAUGAAAGAGUAUUGCCUUCUAUUGGUAAUGAAGUCUUGAAGUCCAUUGUUGCUCAAUUUGAUGCUUCUGAAUUGAUUACUCAACGUGAAGUUGUUUCUGCCAAGAUUCGUGAAGAAUUAUACAAGCGUGCUAAAGACUUUAACUUGGCUUUGGAAGAUGUUUCUAUUACCCAUAUGACAUUUGGUAAAGAAUUCACCAAUGCUGUCGAACAAAAGCAAAUUGCUCAACAAGAAGCUGAACGUGCCAAGUUCAUUGUUGAACGUGCUGAACAAGAAAAGCAAGCUGCUAUUAUUCGUGCUGAAGGUGAUUCAGAAGCUGCUGAAAUGAUUUCUACAGCCCUUGCUAAGGCUGGCGAAGGUUUUAUUGCUUUCCGUAGAAUUGAAGCCAGUAAAGAAAUCGCAAGCACUCUUUCUCAAGCUCGUAAUGUUACUUAUUUGCCCAACUCUCAAAAUGGUGGUAAUAUGCUUCUUGGUGUGAAUGCCAAUUAAAAGGAUAAUCUUUUUCUUUUUUAUAUAUAUAUUUCUUUUGUAAUAUAAACAA